AUGCCCAAUCUAUCGAGUGCCAAAGUCCCCAAACCACGCACCAAGACUUUCACCGGAUGCUGGACAUGUCGAGAUCGUCGAGUGAAAUGCGACGAUGAACACCCGCAUUGUCGCCGGUGCCGCCGGAGUGGCCGGGCAUGCAAGGGGUAUGGCCUGCGCCUAGGAUGGGACCAGUCCGCCGGCCGCUCCCACCGGCGCCAAUUGAGGUCCCUGGCCCCAGAUGGGGGCCACGCGCUAUCCUCUACUGCUGUAUCAGCUUUUUUGACCGAACUAGACGAGUGUGGGGGAGACAACUGUGCGCAGCAACGAGGUCCUUUUUCGGUCUUCUCGGUCUUGUCGGAGUCAAAUCCAGACGAAACCGACAAUGCGUAUCAGCCUUCUUCGUUCGAUAUACUGAUGACCCAAAGGUCUGAGCAGCCUCAUGGUGUCGCUUUCAAUCCCAAUACUGCCCCAUCAACCGGGGAAAAAGACAGCGAGCGCGCUUCUCCGACGCCUCUGUUCGCGUCUACUACUACUUCAUCCAUCAGUAAUCCGAGCGAAGAGCUAGGGCGAGGAUCCCCAGAGCUGUCGGAUCCUAUGGAGGACCGAGAUGUCCUUCUAAUCAGCGACGUGGCCACUCGCCAGAGCCCCGAGGACAAAUCCUUUUGGGGGCGCGAUAUAUUCGGUUCGAAUCUCCGAAACGCGGGGAUUGACGUCUCGCUUUGUACCUACAUCAACCCGAUCACGCUCCCUAGACCAGAAACCGAGUUGAUUCACCACUGGGUCGUCUUCCUGAGUGGAAACAUGCUCCUCAUCGACACACCGGACAAUCCAUGUCGAACAGUAUUUAUGCCGUUGGCGCUGAAGGGCCUUGAUGCCGCCCCUAACGAGUCAAAUAUCCACCUUUCGGUCUUCCACGCCAUUUGCGCCGCAUCUGCAUUCAGUCUUUUCCAUCUCCGCCGAGAUCCUCGAUAUCAUUCUAUUGCCAUGCACCAUGACCAGCUGGCUUUGCGACAUUUACGCGGGAACCUCCAGCGGGCGCGCUGCCUAGACGAGCCCACGCUGGCUGCAGUUCUCACUUGUAUCACCGCCGAGGCGAUGUCUGGACGUCGCAGCAGGUGGAGAGCGCAUGUCGCCGGGUGCCUGGGACUUUUGGAGAAUCAGGCCCAUGGAGACUGGGUCCGGAACCCAAUUGCCUCGAGGCUUUUGCAAAGCUAUUUGUCUCUAUCAUCUCUAUGCAGCUUGCGUGUGUCUGAACGGUUGAUGUCGUUGCUCAAUGGCCCAUCGGACCUGCGACAUUAUCUCGAGCGAUCGCAUGGUAUCACAACACAACUAGUGCAGUUCCUCGCUCAGAUAACCACACUCGCAGAAACACAGACACGACUGUCCCCGGGGGAACUCGAUCGUCUCGAGCUACAACUAUAUUUGAACUUUCCAUGUCUAUCUGACCCGGACGCACCGGGGUCGAUCAUUGUCCAGCAUGCGCUGAACUCAUUCUACUAUGCCACAAUAGUAUAUUUCCGUCGCAACCUGCGACAUGCGCCGUUGUGCGAUGUCCAGGAUCUUAUCGAGAAAGCGAUACACGAACUCGAAUCCGUUGACUCACUCACCCGCGAAAAGGGCGGGUGCUCUUACAAUUGGGCCAGCUUUGUUGUCGCGGCUGACUGCGAGAGACCUGAUCUCCAAGAUCGUAUGCUGGCAUUUUUCGAUCGCAAAAGUCGUCACGGGAUUCAAAAUAUCAAUGUUCUCUGUGAGAUUGUCCAAGCUCUAUGGAAUAGAAGGGCGGCGGCCGGACCGCAUGUUGAUAUCCAAUGGCAGGAGCUUGCAAGCGAAGCUGACUUUGACAUCAUGUUGGUUUGA